ACGGCAAGAUCCCAAGAAAAAAAAAGAAAAAAAAAAAACCGAAAGACAGAAACUCAUCAGGCGAGUUAAAAAACUAUAUGUCUCGUCCUUUUGGUCGCACGUCUGAAUCAUCAUCAUGAUCAUCAUCAUCAUCAUCAAAGACCUCUCUUUGUCCCGUGACAGAUCUUUAUUAACCAAAACCUCACCGACCCGAUUCUCUUAUUUCCCCAAAUCUAGUUCUGUGUUCUGUAAUUUAGCUUCGGAGAAUCUUAACCAAUUGUAAAUCGAAACUUUGGUGUUUGAUUGAGCCAUUUCUUAGUUUGGAGAAAGCUAAGAUAUUGAGAGUCUACGGGAUUAUAUCACUUGUCGGAAAAUUCGGUUCCGGCUUGUCUUUCAGGUUGUGUACUGUGGAGAUAAAUCUUGGAAUAAAGAAAAACAAAAAACAGAGGAUGGUGAAGAACAAGCACAACAAGAAACCAACAACGUUAUUGCGUUUAGUAUCAACACUGGUGGGAUGUGUUUUCAUGAUUCAUCUAAUCAUGCUAUACCGAAGAAACUAUAGUGUAGAUACUCUUGAAGUCUCUUCUCAGUUACUAAUCCACCAUCCCAUUGUACGUGAGCUCGAACGAGUUGAAGAAGCGAACAUUCACAUGCCUCCUCCUAGGAAGCGUUCUCCACGUGCAAUCAAAAGAAAACCCAAAAGACCAACCACUCUAGUCGAAGACGAAAACUCUCAGAUUCGCCAUCUCUUCUUCCCCGACAUGAAAUCCAGCUAUGGUCCGACCAAAGAUGGUGGUAAUGACACAUUGCACCGCUUCUUCCCUGGGAAGAUUUGGUUGGACACGGAAGGGAAUCCGAUUCAAGCACACGGUGGUGGCAUGUUGUAUGAUGAAAAGUACAAGAGUUACUAUUGGUAUGGUGAAUAUAAAGAUGGAGUAACGUAUCACUCUCACAAGAAAGGAGCAGCUCGAGUUGAUAUAAUCGGUGUUGGAUGCUACUCGUCGAAAGACUUAUGGACAUGGAAGAACGAAGGUGUUGUCUUAGCGGCCGAAGAAACAGACGAGACACAUGACUUGCACAAGCUCAACGUUCUCGAGCGGCCUAAAGUGAUUUACAAUUCAGACACCGGUAAAUACGUGAUGUGGAUGCAUGUAGACGACGCAAACUACACUAAAGCUUCCGUUGGUGUAGCCAUUAGCGACACCCCAACCGGUCCGUUUGAUUACUUAUACAGCAAGUCACCACACGGUUUCGACAGCAGAGACAUGACUGUCUUCAAAGACGACGACAACUCCGCCUACUUGGUCUACUCAUCAGAAGACAACAGCGUUGUCCACAUUGGUCCGUUAACCGAAGAUUACCUCGAUGUUGAACCGGUUAUGAAGAGAAUCAUGGUGGGACAACACAGAGAAGCACCAGCUGUUUUCAAACACCAGAACACAUACUACAUGAUCACGUCUGGUUGCACGGGGUGGGCACCAAACGAAGCGUUGGCUCAUGCAGCGGAGUCGAUCAUGGGUCCGUGGGAGACGUUGGGGAACCCUUGUGUUGGCGGGAACAAGGUUUUUCGGUCGACGACGUUUUUCGCGCAGGGGACGUAUGUGGUGCCGUUACCUGGUGUUCCUGGUGGGUUUAUAUUUAUGGCUGAUAGGUGGAACCCUGCGGAUUUGAGAGAUUCGAGGUAUUUGUGGCUGCCGUUGAUAGUUGGUGGACCGGCUGAUAGACCUCUUGAGUCUAGUUUUGGGUUUCCUAUGUGGUCGAGAGUUUCUGUGUAUUGGCAUAGACAAUGGCGGUUGCCUUCAAGAGGAGGGAAGGAGAUUGCUUGAGAAAAAAAAGACAAUAGCUUUUCAAACUCUUUUUUCACUUGUGUAUUCUUCUUCCUCUUUCUUUCGUCUGUUGUGCAUUAUUAUGGUUGUGUUGUUGUUGUGCUGCAUUUUUUUUUUUUUUUUUGGGUUACAGCCUUACAUGUAUAGAAGAGAUCGCAGGCCUUUGUUAAUAUCAGAUCAGUUUG